AAAACACAACCUUUAGCCGCCAUGCUAGCCGGCAAUGUCAACACUGUAAGGUUACACGUGAAGUAAACCUCAUUACUGUGUUGUUUUGUAAUAGCUGGCGAAGGCGUUAAGUAAGAGACGUUCUUAGCUAUUUUUUGUACUAAUUCGUUAUCUCGAGUUAGCUCGUUCAGCUUCUCAGGACGAGCUUAUAAACGAGCUGAGCUUGUGAGCUGGUAGUGCUGGCCAUUCCAGCGUAGCUAACGUAGCUAACGUUCCCACACAGCAGCUCAGCUUCAUGUCCAGUUUAGCUUCACUGGUUUGACAGAAGACAUUUAUUCGGACAUGAAGCGGGUCAGGAGUCUCAGACUCUUUGUGUUUUCUGUGCAAACAUAUCCGCCUCGAAGAGCGCAGGAAUACAGAGGUUACUGCUCAGUUUCAUCUGACACUGACGAGAUAAGAGAGAAACGAGAGAGGGGAUUUAAGACCAAACUGUCUUCUGGUCCAGACUUUCAUCACUUCAUCAGGGCGUCUUCCAACAAAACACCACCUAAAGAAUCACAGACUGAGUAUGAAGAGCCGAUUCUUCCCCACAGCUCCCCAGCAGAUGUGCGGAGAGUCUACUUUGAAACUUACGGCUGUCAGAUGAACGUGAACGAUACUGAAAUUGCAUGGUCCAUUCUGCAGAAGGGAGGAUAUCUGAGGACGUCUGAACUCUCAGAGGCAGACGUGGUGCUUCUCGUCACGUGUUCCGUAAGGGAAAAGGCAGAGCAGACCAUCUGGAACCGACUCAAACAGCUCACAGCUCUUAAAAAGAAGCGCCUAAAGGCCAACAGUCACUUGAAGAUAGGAAUCCUAGGUUGCAUGGCGGAGAGGCUGAAGACAGAGUUGUUGGAGAAGGAGAAGCUGGUGGAUGUCAUUGCAGGGCCAGAUGCCUACAGAGAUUUGCCCAGGCUGCUGACUCUCGCCCACGGAGGACAGAGGGCCAGCAACGUCCUGCUUUCUCUUGAAGAAACCUACGCUGACGUCAUGCCCAUCCACAGUACAGGCCACAGUGCUUUCGUGUCUAUCAUGCGAGGCUGUGACAACAUGUGCAGCUUCUGCGUUGUGCCGUUUACUCGAGGGAGAGAGAGAAGCAGACCCCUGUACUCCAUACUGGAAGAAGUCCGCAUGCUGUCUGACCAGGGUGUGAAGGAGGUGACUCUGCUGGGCCAGAAUGUGAACAGCUACAGGGACAUUUCGGAGGCACAGAUCAACAUCUCUGAGGUCGGUUCGCGCCUCAGUCGAGGCUUCAGCACUGUGUACCGUGCCAAGCAGGGCGGCAUGCGAUUCUCUGAACUUCUGGACCGUGUCUCCCUUGUAGACCCCGACAUGAGGAUACGCUUCACCUCCCCACAUCCCAAAGACUUUCCAGAUGAGGUGUUACACUUGAUCCAAGAAAGGAAGAAUAUCUGCAAGCAGAUCCACCUGCCAGCUCAAAGUGGCAGCAGUCGAGUUUUACAAACGAUGAGACGCGGGUACACCAGGGAAGCGUAUCUUGAGUUGGUGGAAAACAUUCGCAAGAUAAUACCAGGGGUCAGUCUGAGCAGUGACUUCAUCACAGGCUUCUGUGGAGAGACAGAGGAGGACCACCAGCAGACCCUGUCCUUACUCAGGGAAGUGGGCUACAACAUAGGAUUCCUGUUUGCCUACAGUAUGAGGAAGAAAACACAUGCGUACCACCGUCUCCAGGACGACGUCCCCGCUGAGGUGAAGCAGAGGCGUCUGGAAGAGCUAAUCUCAGUGUUCAGAGAGGAGGCAGCUAAGGUGAACACCACUCUCAUCGGCAGUACACAGCUCGUCCUAGUGGAAGGAGAGAGUAAACGAUCGUCUCAGGAGCUUUGUGGUCGGAAUGAUGGGAAUUUGAAGGUGAUUUUCCCUGAAAAGGAUUUGCCCUCUCAGACUACAGCCACUACAGUACCUAUUAAAGCUGGAGACUAUGUACUAGUGAAGAUUACCUCGGCAAACUCCCAAAGCCUGCGAGGUCAAGCAAUCAGCCACACCUCUCUGAGUGACAGCAGAAGAACCGAGGAGCUACUGAAUGAACAAGCAGCUGCAUGUUAACCUGCAGGUUCGUUGGGCUUUGUACUGCGUGAAUGUGGGCAACAUGGACUUUACUAUUUAAAGCACAUACACGAAAUAACAUCAAAAAGAGAAAACUGCAUAUUUAUUUAUUCAAGAUCAUGUUU